GAGGGAGCGCUAAAAGCCUAAAACCUCAACAAAAUUGCUAAACCCCAAGCCCCUGCUAAUAGGAAAAAGAAUGGCAACCUCGUAUCCAGUCCAACAUUGUGGAAUUAGACAUAUCUCGUUUCUAUUUCAUGCCGGUGGCAGUGGAAGCUCCGUCGUCGGCUUGGGUUGGAGCGAUUCCCAAUUCUUCUGCAAAACCCAACCCCCUUUCUAUCGUCUUCGUAUCGUCAACAGGAAAUGCCGUCGCAGCGGCAUAAUCAGGGCCGCCGGCUCCGAUUAUUAUUCCACUUUGAACGUCAGUCGCGGUGCCACUUUGCAGGAGAUUAAGGCCUCUUACAGGAAUCUUGCUCGCAAGUAUCAUCCAGAUAUGAAUAAGAGUCCUGGUGCAGAAGAGAAGUUCAAAGAGAUAAGUGCUGCAUAUGAGGUCCUAUCAGAUAAUGAGAAAAGAUCUUUAUAUGAUCGCAUUGGCGAGGCAGGCUUACAAGGAGGAUAUGAUGGAUCAGGUGGUGCUUCAGCGACGGUCGAUCCAUUUGAAGUGUAUAAUGCAUUCUUUGGUGGUUCUGAUGGGUUCUUCAGUGGAACGGGUGGACCAGGAGGCUUUAAUAUUAAUUUGAGAGAUAAGGGAAACAAUGAUCUUGACAUUUGGUAUGACCUUCAGGUGAGCUUUGAAGAAUCCGUGUUCGGAGGAAAGCGUGAAAUUAUGAUAUCCUAUCUUGAAACAUGUGAUGAUUGCGGUGGAACAGGUGCUAAAACUAGUAGUUGCAUAAAAUCAUGUACCGGUUGUGGAGGUAGAGGAGUGGAAAUAAAAUCCCAAAAGACUCCAUUUGGAAUUGUAUCACAGGUUUCUACUUGCUCAAACUGUGAUGGCAAGGGCAAGAUAAUCACUGAUAAUUGUCGAAGAUGUGGUGGCAGCUGUAAAGUAAAGGUGAGACGAAGUAUGAGAGUCAUCAUACCCCCUGGCGUUACAGAUGGUUCCACAAUGCGAAUACAAGGAGAAGGCAAUUUUGAUAAGAUAAGGGGAUUAGUUGGUGAUCUCUUCGUAGUCAUCCAUGUAGGAGUAAAGCAAGGAAUUUGGAGGGAAGGUCUCAAUCUUUACUCAAAGAUCAAUGUUGACUACACUGAGGCAAUACUGGGCACGGUGGUGAUGGUAGAAACUGUUGAAGGUAUUAAAAAUCUUAAAAUCCCCCGUGGGGUUCAGCCUGGUGAUAAAGUGAAACUGUCACGCUUAGGAGUUCCAGAUAUCAAUAAACCUUCAGUUAGAGGUGAUCAUCACUUUAUUGUGAAUGUUCUGAUCCCCAAAGAUAUCAGCAACGAAGAACGUGCACUUGUUGAGGAAUUAGCUUCACUCAAAGCAUCUAAGAGAAGUUCUCCUUCUAAUCAUGGUGUGCAUGAAGCUAGCAAAUCCAACGAGGCUUCAAAGGAAAAGACCAGCCGUGUCGCUUCUUUGUGGAACUCAGUUAAAGCCUUCUUGGGGAAAAGACAGUCCCAAGAACGGUUUGCGUCAAUUACCGCAGACACGGCAUCAGCGUCGUUGUUGCGGUCCCAUUGCAAUUCAGAUAGCAGCCUAGUAACAGUCGCCUAUCUUACGGUUUUCGUAUUUAUUUUGAUUUCGACGUGGAUGCAGAGGAAGUUGAAUCACAGAAACCUUUCAUCAUAGUGAAAGACCAAUGCAGCAACGAGUG